AAAAAAAUUCACUUCCCGUUUUUCGCAACGUUCAAAUCAAUUUUUGUAAUCUCCUUUGCACCAGCGAUGCCUCGCAAAUAAAUAAAUUAUCAUCUGAAACAAAUUAAUAGCCGAACGAAAUCAAACGAUAAUUAUAAUCGGUUUAAUAUUUAAAUCGUAAAGACUCGCUACAAUUUUCAUCGGUAGAAGAAAAAUUAAUUUCCUGCAGUCUCGUGUAGUUUUAAACAGCUUUCACAAUCACAAUGGAGAUGUCGAAAAUUUUUAACGGAAGCAAAUCGAACGUCAUAUUCAUUUUUAUCCUACAAUUUCUCGCUCUUCGUUUCACCCCGGCCGCAAGCGCGACGGCACAAGAGCUGGACAGAAUAUCUCUACGUAUUUAUACGGGGGAUUCUUUUUACGACACAUAUCAUGACGUACCUAUUACACAACCAUCUAGCGCUAAAUCGGCAUUAGAUCCUAGAAGGCCAACCCUUUUAUACCUUCACGGAUUUCGCGAAGACCUCACAGGGGAAAGCGUCCGCGCUAUUGUUGAUGCUUAUCUCGACCGCGGUGGUCACAACGUGAUUGCGGUUGAUUUCGCUGAAAUAGCAAAUAAGACUUAUGUUCAGGCCGUCGAGAGUGCGGAAGCGGUCGGAAAGAGAUUGGCAAUAACUUUGCGCCAAUUAAUUUCGAUGUUGGAUCCGAGGCAACUUCACAUUGUGGGCUUUUCGCUGGGUGCUCAAAUGGCUGCAUACAUAAACAAAUACACAAUCAUAUUCAAAGUGCAUCGACUAACAGCUUUGGAUCCCAUCGGACCCUCAUAUUUCGCUGUUGCGAAGCGAAUCACGUCAGCCGACGCGAGAUUCGUCGACAUUAUUCACACCGACGCCUUCGUUUACGGCAGCGGCUACGCAUCAGGCGGUGCAGAUUUCUGGCCCAAUCAGGGCCUGCGGCUUCAGCCAGGAUGUCCAGCACAGUACGAAAAAGGCAGCGACAAAGAUUUUUGCAACCACCGAAGAUCGUGGCAAUACUUCGCGGAGUCGGUUAAAAAUCCAAGAGCAUUUAUGGCGGGAAAAGCCUCUUCCUGGGGGAGUUUUGUAACGCUGACGUACAGAAAACAGAAUCUUGUUCCUAUGGGAUUCGAUACGCCCUACGGGACGACCGGAUUAUUUUAUUUGAAAACAAAUGAACAGUCACCCUUUGGAAUGGAAGAAAAUGGCGUUCGGGUAGCCAAUGAAUAAAUUUCUGGAAUGGCGCAUUAGUAAAGUUUUCACACACUUGCACUAUUAUAAU